GUCGGGGGCUUUUUACGAGGUUCCAUUACUUUGGAUAAAUCUUGCUAAAAUAGAUUUUCGUUGACGGUGCAGGUACGUCAUCAUCGGGGCACUUGAUUAUAUCCAGCAAAUAUGUCUUAGUCUUAGCUAAGUCCAUUUAUAGUCGGAACGAGCGGACAAGCUGUCAAAGGAGGAAUGAUGAUUACUAAAUUGCUGACAAUACGAAUAGGAAAAUGCAAUAUGAAUAAGAAAAUGUGAUUCGAAGAAUUCUAAAAUCUUUUUUAAUCUCAUCUGUAGCUAUCAGACGCACUGACUGGUGAAUUACCCAGCCGUUUUGGAGAAAUCUCGCACGAGAUUAAUUAAUGCCCACUUCAAAAUUGUGAUAAUUUAAUGUCGUUACUACAAGAAGCUAAAUAUUCCAUCACCAUUUUCUUUUCAUUUAAUUCUGCCUUUCCAUCCUAAGGCUAAUAAGAGCGAGCUAAUAAUUAAUUCUAAAAAUGAAUGACAAUAUUUCUUCCGGAAUCUAGCUGAAAAAAAAACAUUUAGCAAAAUCUUUGAAAAGCUUUAUUCUCUCAAACAUUAUAAGUGAAAUGUUGAUAAUGGAUAUUAUUUUUCUCUACGUGACUAAAGACGAAGAAAACUGCUCGAGAAAGUAGAAAGGUUUGUUCUAUCUGGAUUUCUGUCUUUGAGGCGCAAGAUACCUUUUGUUCUGUGACGCAUUCCGUUUAAGCGCGGAAUUGACGUCAAAAUAGCCUUACACCCCCGAAAGAUCGCACACGUUCAAUUAAGCCUAUGACGGAGUUUCAAAUUCAACAAUUUACACGUUUCCGUUUUGUGCUUAUUGAAAAAGAAAUUAUGAAAUGAAACAUUAACCGUAAAUGAUCUAGCCCGAGUAUCAAGUCCUAUAAAUUAUAUAGCUUUUAUUCCCUUUAAUUUUAGACAAAUGUACUAGCCUUAUACUCAGACCUAUAUAUGCUCGUUUAACCGCAAACGAGGCUUCUAUAAGCACCCACAAGUUACUUUUUCUUAUUAUAAUAGAUAGAUAUUUUUUUCUUUACUCGAUGAGUUUGAUUUUUUAAAUUUAACAAUCAUUAUAUUUAAUUCAAUAAGAAAAUAUAAAAAAAAAUCAACUAAUAUUUAUAUAGAGUUCGAAGUCUCAAUUUUGAAAAAAGAGCGUGAUGUGUGAUGCCCUUUCGCGCCUCGUGCCUCUUUGAUCUUUUAGCGACUGUGGACAAAAUUUUUAUCUGGGUGCCAGAGACUUCGGCUUCAAGCUUGAUUGUUAUCGCCGCUUUGAAUCUCUUUAGUAAGCUUGAAGCUUGUAAAGAGCCUUUGGUAUUCCUUGAUGGCACACACAGUGCUCGGGAUUCCUGUGUUUGAUCUCACCGUAGACUAUUCCCAGUCUACCCGGCCAUAAAUCCAAAAUGGCGUCCGUCUGUUCGAGUUAGUUUGCAUUUUAUUCGUUUCCUAAAUUACUUGUUGCUUGAGAAUUAGUUGUUGCUUGAGAAUUAGAGCAUGUUUCAUCCAUCGCGAGGCGGGGUUCGUGGAGGCACGGAUCAGUUUGAGUGGGAAAGCGUAAAAACCGACAAACACAGAGAAAACUACCUAGGUCAUUCACUGAUGGCUCCUGUUGGAAGGUGGCAGAAGGGUAAAGAUUUGCAGUGGUUUUCCAGAGAUCCUAAGACUGGCGUUGUCCGAUCCAAGCAGCAGGAAAUACAGGCGGCCAAGCAGAUGGAAGCAGAAGCCAUGGCAGCUGCUUUAGGUAGAGCUCCUGUUAAAAAGCAAGCAUCAGGGCUUACAAAACAGGAGCUGAAUGAAGUUCUGAAAAAAGGCCAGUCAGAGAGAGAUGAUAUGGAUGUAGAGCGUGUGGAGGGCAUGGGUUUUGCAAGCUCCAGGGCAAGUCUGAUUAACACCAUGAUGACGCCUGGUAAAGCAAAGGAGACUCUAUGUGGGAAUGUAUCUGCAAGCUCACAGAAAAACAAAUCAACAGCAGAUGAAAAGUUAGAAGUCACCAAGAGCAAGAAGGCUAAAAGAGAGAAGAAGAAGAAGAAAAAGGAGAAAAGAAAAAGAGAGAAAAGAACUCGAGGGGAGAUGUCGUCAUAUGAAGAAGAAGGGAGAAGAAGCCGAAGAAAGAGCCAUAAACAUUCGCUAUCGGUUGAGGAGACAGGUCGUAGAAGAAUGCGGCACGACACCGACAGCGAGUCGGAACGGGAGUCGAGAAGACCCCGAGCACGACACGACACCGAUAGCGAGUCGGGACGGGAGUCGGGAAGACGGCGAGCACGGCACGACACCGAUAGCGAGUCGGAACGGGAGUCGAGAAGACCCCGAGCACGACACGACACCGAUGGCGAGUCGAAACGGGAGUCGGGAAGACGGCGAGCACGCCACGACACCGAUAGUGAGUCGGAAAAGGAGUCGGGAAGACGGCGAGCACGACACGACACCGAUGGCGAGUCGAAACGGGAGUCGAGAAGACGGCGAGCACGCCACGACACCGAUAGUGAGUCGGAAAAGGAGCCGAGAAGACGCCGAGCACGACACGACACCGACAGUGAGUCGGAUCAAAACAAACCAAAAGAACAGAAACGCAGUAAUAAAGAAAAUGGACGACACGACACAUAAUAAAUCUGAUGCGCGAGAAUCCAGUAGCGUAGGUGUCAUAGUCGACUUGAUGAUACCGGCAAGAAACGACACGACACACAGCGAACGUGAUAGAGGAGAAUCGAAACGUCCUUGUCGUUCUCAUAAUACCGACAACAGACGACAGCGAAUCGACACAGAUGAUGAAUCUGAUGAAGGAAAAUCGAGACAUCGAGGUCGUGAGAAAAGGCAACCGCGACGUGACUCUUAGUACGGACCACACCGAUAGAACGCACCCCAUCCAACCCUCCCCCCCCCCCUCCUCAAAAUACCGAUCAGAGAUUUCCAUGAAACUUUUUUUAUUAUUGCUGUGUUAUGGUCAUCUUGAAAAAAAUAUUGGAUUUUAUGGAAAUAGCAAAACCUUAGUGAAUGAGUAUCAGAAGAGCGGUUUCAACAUGAUCACGAUAAAAAGAACACGGUCAAACAUUUUAUAUCUAUAGGAUUUUUUAUUAUAUAUAUAUGUAUAUUUUCAUUUUACCGAUACUGUACCUUGAUAAAAACGAAAACGAUCUUUAAAAAAACUUGGAAGUGGCAGAACAACCAAACCGCCACUGCUUUUUCCACUUUGUUAAAAAAUGGAAAACAACAUUGCCACGCAUGUCGAAUUGACGGAUUUUAAAUAACAUUUAAAAAUAAACAAUUAUCACCUCGCGA